CAGUAUGGCUGGGCGGUAUACAGUACCAAGGGACUUCCUGGAUUGCAGCACCAAGUUAGAGAGAGUAACAGAAUGGGGACAUGAAGUGACAGUUCACACCCAUCAGAGAGACACAGGGCUCCUGAUCAACAGGAGGAGAGAGCACACAGAGAGACCAGAAGACACAGACAGAGACAGUGACAAGAAGAGAAAGAGGAAAGAGACCCCGGUACUGUGAUUGAUUCAUCAAGGCAGUGGAACCAGGAUGUGGGUCCUCAUCUCGGCAGCUCUGCUUCUCUCUCCGACAGAGAGAGCCACAUGCGAUAAACUGGCAGCACCACCAACAGCAUCACCCUGGACCAUCACCGUCAGUCCAGCAGAAAUAACAGCAGAGAAGGGACUAUGUGCUGUUAUUUCAUGUACUUUCACUCACCCUGAUAACAUCAAGCCUACCGCUGCAGUAUGGUUCAAGUGCCCAACAAAGGGCAAAUGUGAUGAGGAUAAAAUCAGAAUUUUCCACCUCAAAGAACCCUCUAAAGCUCAUGAUGGUUAUGAACAGAGAGUGUCUCUACUGGAGACUGAUCUGACAAAGAAGAACUGUAGUGUGAUCAUCAACGACAUCAGAGAGAAUGAUGCUGGAGAGUAUCAAUUCAGACUUCCAAAUUCAAAUACAUACCCGAAGAAAGUGAAAAUCACAGUGAGCGCUCUGACCCAGAAGCCCUCAGUGUUGACUCCUCCUCUGACAGAGGGAGAACCAGCUACUCUGACCUGCACCGCCCCGGGGAUGUGCUCUGGAACUCCUCCUAACAUCACAUGGACAUGGAGAGGAACAGGAGACAACAUCACUGAGCUCAGAGACAACAUCACCAUACAGGAGAGAGAGGACCUGACCACUGUGACAACAACCCACUUCUCAACGUUGACCUUUACCCCCUCAGCUGAACACCACAACAUGAUGGUUACGUGUCAAGUAACCUUCCAGAAAAAAUAUCAAAUUGAAGAGACAGUAACUUUGAAUGUGACAUAUGUGAAAGACCCCCAAAUAACUGGAAAUGAAAUGGUGAAGGAGGAUGGUACCCUGGAUCUGACCUGCAGUGUUGACAGUUACCCUCCAUCUGACAUCACUUGGAGUAAGAACGGGACAAGUACCCCACUUCAGAAUUACACUGAAAAUGCCACUCUCACCAUCUCCAAUGUGACAAGACAACAUGCUGGGGACUAUGUGUGUACAGUUCAACACCUCAACAGGACUAUGACUGCUUCCACUGUUGUCACUGUGAUGUACCUUCCUGUGAUUCUUCCUGGCUCUGGGUGUGUGGACCAGGCAGAGGUCAUGACCUGUCUGUGUGUCAGUCAGGGGGUUCCCUCACCCCUCAUAGUGUGGCCACUGCUGGAGCUCAACACAGAGAGGUGCAGCCCCACUACAUCAGUGUUGGGUUCCUCAGUGAACAGCACCAUCAGCCUGCCUGUUGGAAACCACAACAACACCACUGUGGAGUGUGUCAGCAGAAAUGUGGUGGGUGUAGUGAGAGAGAAGCUGCAGGUCACACAAAAUAAGAGCCAAGAAAAGCAAAGAGAGAAGGAGUUGGAAGGCAUUAUAGCUUUGCUGUCGGACCUAAAACUGAUUACUGCAUUUGUGGUUGGUGCAGCCCUCUCAGCCACCAUCUGUUGUAUCUUCCUGUGUUUGAAAGGGAAAUGUAAAAGACAAAAAGAGAGGAUCCCAAUGUACUCAGACUCCAAAAGCCCUUUCAUGAACCUGGAGAUGGUGACAUGUGAAGACCAACAGAUGGAUGCAGGACAGGCUGUGGGGGGCGAACAGACCCCUCUGCAGUUGGAGCUGAGCGAGGGAGCUGAAAAUGGAGGGCCCCAGACCAGUGGAGCCGCGGGAAAAUUUGCCACAGGGGAAGAACUAAAUGAAGUGGACUACGCCAGAAUCAACUACUCCCUGCUGAAGAAGAAGACUCCUGAGGAGGCAGAGAAGAAGACCACUACCACAGAGUCAGACUACGCCAAAAUCAAAAGAGAGAAGAAGAAAGAAGGGGAUGAAGACGGAAGAGAGGGGAGUGGUGUGAAUAUGGGGAAGGAUGAGGAGAAAGAGAACAGUAAGCCAGCAGCAGAGUCAGACCUGUGGACACAGACAAGGGGACCAGAGAAAGAGGUGAAAGACAGGAUGUGGGUCCUCAUUUUGGCAGCUCUACUCUUCUCUCUGACAGAGAGAGCAACAUGUCGAAAACUGGCAGCACCACCAACAGCAUCAUCCUGGACCAUCACCGUCAGUCCAGCAGAAAUAACAGCAGAGAAGGGACUAUGUGCUGUUAUUUCAUGUACUUUCACUCACCCUGAUAACAUCAAGCCUACCGCUGCAGUAUGGUUCAAGUGCCCAACAAAGGGCAAAUGUGAUGAGGAUAAAAUCAGAAUUGUCCACUCCAAUAAACCCUCUAAAGCUCAGGAGGGUUAUAAACAGAGAGUGUCUCUACUGGAGACUGAUCUGACAAAGAAGAACUGUAGUGUGAUCAUCAACGACAUCAGAGAGAAUGAUGCUGGAGAGUAUCAAUUCAGACUUCCAAGUUCAUAUACAUACCCGAAGAAAGUGAAAAUCACAGUGAGCGCUCUGACCCAGAAGCCCUCAGUGUUGACUCCUCCUCUGACAGAGGGAGAACCAGCUACUCUGACCUGCACAGCCCCGGGGAUGUGCUCUGGAACUCCUCCUAACAUCACAUGGACAUGGAGAGGAACAGGAGACAACAUCACUGAGCUCAGAGACAACAUCACCAUACAGGAGAGAGAGGACCUGACCAAUGUGACGACAACCCACUUCUCAAUGUUGACCUUCACCCCCACAGCUAAGCAUCACGGCACCAACGUCACAUGUCUGGUGUCAUUCAAUGGCCGCAUCACCACUAAGAAGACACUGACAAUGAAUGUGGCACAUGUGAAGGAACCCAAGAUCUCUGGCUGUAACACAGUGAGAGAGGGUGAUACCCUGAAUCUGACCUGCAGUGAUGACAGCUACCCACCAUCAUCAUCUAACAUCACCUGGAGUAAGAAGGGGACAACAGCUUUGGAACGGAAUAACUCUGGACGGGCCACUCUCAUCAUCUCUAACAUGACAAGAGAACAUGCUGGGGAGUAUGUGUGUACAGCUCAACACCACAGUAGAUCUCUGAUGGCUUCCACUGUUGUCACUGUGAUGUUGAACAGCACCAUCAGCCUGCCUGUCAGAAACCACACCAAUACCACUAUGGAGUGUGUCAGCAGAAAUGAAGCGGGCAGAGUGAGAGAGGUGCAAGUCACCCAAAUAGAAAAACAAGAAGAGGAUGUGUCUAAAGACAUCAUGGCUUUGCUGUCGGACCUACAACUGAUUACUGCAUUUGUGGUUGGUGCAGCCCUCUCAGCCAGCAUCUUUUGUAUCUUCCUGUGUUUGAAAGGGAAACGUAAAAGACGCAAAGAGAGGAUCCCAAAGGACUCAGACUCCAAAAGCCAUUUCAUGAACCUGGAGAUGGUGGCAUGUGAAGACCAACAGAUGGAUGCAGGACAGGCUGUGGGGGGCAAACAGACCCCUCUGCAGGUGGAGCUGAAGGAGGGAGAAGAAAACGGAGGGCCCCAGACCAGUGGAGCCAUAGGGAAAUCUACCACAGGGGGAGAACCAAAUGAAGUGGACUACGCCAGUAUCAACUACUCCCUGCUGAAGAAGAAGACUCCUGAGGAGGCAGAGAAGAAGACCACCACCACAGAGACAGACUACGCCGAAAUCAAACGACAGAAGAAGAAUGAGGAGGAAGAAGAUGGUGGAGAGGGGAGUGGUGUGAUGGAAGAGGUGGAAUGGGAGGAAGGGGAUGAGAUGGUAGGGAAGGAAGAGGAGAAAGAGAACGGUAAGCCAUUACGAGAGACAGAUGAGGAUACAGCACUUUACUCCAACAUCAAGACUAUUAUGGGUGGAGAGUGACACAGCAACGUGGGAAAUAGCGCACAGCACUAUGGCUUCUAAUAUACAGCACUGCGGUGUUUUCUCAUACUCCAGAUUGAAUGUUUUAUGAUGAUAGAGACUUUGUUUAACUGAAACUACUGUAGGAAAUAGUUUUGGUAAUUCUUUCUUUUUCAGCCUUGUCUAAUGUAAUGUUAGUUUUGUAACGAUUCUGUUUUUGUGUCACCAUGGAAGGACAUGGUGUCUCCUCUGAUCCUUCAUGUUUUUGUAUUUUGAUUUAACCAUAACCCUGUAUAUUGAGGCACUACCUUACUUUUGAUGUUUGUGUGUAUUUUAGUUGUUUGCUAUCUGCUAAGAAUUUCUAAAUGAUGUUUUAACUGUCUUGUAGCAUGAUGUACUACAGUACCCAUAAUGCUCUGUAUCAAUAUACGGUUUCAUCUUGGUAAAGACGUUCCUAAAGCUAA